GGGACGACGAAGUACACGUUCUAUGCAAAAUCGGCGGCAUAUCUUGGGCAGUUGAAAAGACGAAACGAGCAAUGGGAAUCGUGAAAGUAAUCGUCUAGUAACCGCCAACCCCUGACUGACUGUUUUCCCGAAAACACUUCGGCUGAAAACUUAGCUCUCCGUCGUCAGCUCAAGAUUACAACUUUGAAGUAAACGCAGAAUGAAGAGAAGUCGAGAAAUGGAAGAGGACGGAAGCAGAGCAACUGCCGAUGAAGGUCCGGCGAUAGGGAUCGAUCUGGGGACCACAUACUCUUGCGUCGGAGUAUGGCAGCCCCAGCAUGUCCGCGUUGAGAUCAUCUCCAACGAGUUAGGCAACCGCACGACGCCGUCCUGGGUUGCGUUUACUGAUGCCGAGCGCCUUAUCGGAGAAUCUGCCCAGAACCAGGCCUCAAUGAAUCUCUCCAAUACCAUCUUCGAAGUGAAGAGGCUAAUUGGCAGAACUUUUUUUGAUGCAAUGGUGCAAAACGACAUGAAACACUGGC